AUGGCCCUGGCUCGCCUCUUCGUCGUCCUCCUCGGCACUGCAUUGGUUCUGCUCCUCUUCUCCCCUGCAGAUGCCGGCGUGGUGGGCGUUUGCUAUGGCCGGUUGGGGAAUGACCAGCCGGACACGGCUUCGGUGGUAAAGCUGCUGCAGAAGAGCGGCAUCACCUCGGUGAGGUUUUACGACGCCAACUCCAAGGCGCUCAAGGCCCUGGCCAACACCGGAAUCACGGUGAUGGUAAUGCUACCCAACGACAACCUCGUCGCCGCGGCCGCGGACCCGUCGAGCGCGCGACGGUGGGUGCGGAGAAACGUGGCGGCGUACUACCCCGCCACGCGGAUCCACGGCGUGGCCGUCCGCCGGCCAACUGCAACGCGGCGUCAGGCGUCUGGAGCGGGCUGGGGACGACGCGGCUUCGGUAGCCAACGCGCAAGCGUACAACAACUACCUCAUCAACCGCGUGGUGUCCGGCGACAGAACCAGAAGGGCGACGGAGCGGACGACAUCGAGCAGCACUUCGGCCUGUUCUACCCGAACCAGACGAAGGUGUACGAGUUCGACUUCCGGGGCGGCGCGCUGGCGAGCUGCGCCAUCCAGCCCGGCGGAUCGUGCUUCGAGCCCGACACCGUGGUAGCCCACGCCUCGUACGCGUUCAACAGCUACUACCAGCGCAACGCCCGUGCCGACGGGACGUGCGACUUCGCCGGCGCCGCCUCCGUCGUCUACCACGCACCAAAGAUUGGAAACCGCGUCCUGCCGUCGAACGCUUGGAUUCAAGAAACAACAUCCAAGUCUGAAGGAUACACUGCAAUCUGA